UUAUCCUGGGCUAACUGUUUAUUCUGUAUAGCCUGGCAACUGGCCGCAUACUCCGGAUUAUCAAAGGACACCCAUUUCAAAACACACUUUACUUUCUACUCUCGACUAUUCAAGAGUAGAAUUUUUUAACUGAAGGAAAAAGUUUUGGGAUAGUGAAGGGGAAAAGAGAAGCAUCUUGGAUAUGUGCUUGUGAUCUUUUUUUUUUUGAGGUGGUUUUUUUAGAAACUUUAGCUUUUUGUUCUUGCCCUUCUCACCUUUCCUGGAGGGCUGUGUGUGUUUGUACGCGAUGGAUCACACACUGUUUGGCUGCCUGCGGAGCCCCCACGCUCCGGCGCAGGCCCUGCAUCCCGCCUUCACUCAGUCUCCCCUGACUCUGCACGGACGCUCUGACCACGUUUCUUACCCUGACCUGGCCUCCUCAUCCUCCUCAUCCUCCACCUCCUCACCCUCGCCCUGUAUCAUAUCCAGCUACCCGAUCGACGACAGCCUGUUUCCUGGCCAGCACCACCACCACCACCACCACCGCGGCCACCUGCCCUCCCAGCAGCAUCACCACCCGCCUCAGCACCAUGCAUCUUGGCAUAUCCCACAGAUGCCAUCACCUGGCAGUAGCACGCGUCACAACCUUUGCCAUCCUCACUCCCACUCAUCCCAUGACAACGUGCCCACACCCCCAGACCUCGGCCACCCUGGUGGGCCCAGUAUAUGCGCCAGCACCCCCAGUCUGGGCAGUGGCAGCACCCCUACAGGGGCCUCCUGUGUGCCUGCAGACUUUGGCAGACAGACUCUGUCACCUGCUGAGGCCGAGAAAAGGAACGGCAAGAGGAAAAGUGACAGUUCAGAGUCCCAGGAUGGGAAUUACAAGUCAGAUGUGAGCAGCAAACCCAGGAAGGAGAGGACGGCAUUCACCAAGGAGCAGAUCCGAGAGCUGGAGGCCGAGUUUGCUCACCACAACUACCUAACCCGACUAAGGCGCUACGAGAUUGCCGUCAACCUCGACCUCACUGAAAGACAAGUGAAGGUGUGGUUCCAGAACAGGAGGAUGAAGUGGAAAAGAGUGAAAGGCGGCCAGCAGGGGGCUGCAGCUCGAGAGAAAGAACUGGUGAAUGUGAAAAAGGGGACGUUGCUGCCAUCAGAGUUCUCUGGCAUCGCAGCGCUGCACCACUCGACGGACUCCUUAGCCAAUGAGGACAGUCACGACAGCGACCAGAGCUCAGAGCAUGCUCACUUAUGAUGCACACACACAUACACACACACACACACACACACACACACACACACACAUGCACACACACCCCUCAGAGUAUAGGCCCUGACUCAGGACCGUCCUUAGAAGGACUGCUGUUUGCUGAUUCGCCAUCGUCAUACAACGAUGCUAAAUAAGUGUACAAAUGUACAGAGUAAUGACAUGUGUUAGAUAAUGCAGUCAUCAUGCAGGCAAAAUGUAAAUUUUAAGAACUGAGCACAUAAAGGAGGAUGUUGACAUAUUUCUAAGUGUCAUUGGUUAAGGAUUUCCUUGACAUAUGCGACAAAAAAAAUUAAAUAACUCUUGAAAUGUGAUGUUUUGGCUACACAAAAUCACUGAAUAACAUUUUGGAAAUCAUAUUUAGUCAAACUGUUGUAAACAUUCCAUGUUGUGUGCCUUGACAGAAGCAAGUUAAUGACCCUUUUAGACACAACACAAUUUGCGUUGCAAUCGCUGCUGUUCAGUCUACUUGAACUUUGGCGAGCACUGUGUGGCAUCAAGUGGUUUGCUCGAUCCAACGAAAACCUGCCGUGGCAAUCAUGGGUUUCAGAGCGCAGAGGUGCCGUUGUCGCGUUGUGUCUGAAAGGGCCUUAAAGCUUUGAUUUGCACUGUUUUGAACAUACAGUCUCCAUAGUUUCUAAUGUAUAAAAUGUAAAUUACGAUGUAAUUGAGUUAUUGAAUUCAAGCGCCAGGAAAUCUAAUUUGCCUAGCUAAUAUAAAUGAUAUGUAAAUAAUUAUCGGUAUUGUCUUACCAUAACAAUAAUUUUAUACCCACACUAUUCAGCUCAUGCAAUAAUAAACACUGACAGUUCUUUAGUCAACACUUUUCUGCCUGGAGAUUAAAGUUUGUAAACAAAUCUGAA